UGUAUUUCAAGAAUCUUUCAAAACAGAAACAAAAGGAAGUCAUGGAGAAGAAUGGAAACAACCACAAACUUCGUGUUUGUGUUGCUACUUGCAACCGUGCUGAUUAUUCAAAAUUAGCUCCCAUUAUGUUUGGUAUUAAGGCAGAACCACAGUUCUUUGAGCUUGAUGUCGUAGUACUUGGUUCCCACCUGAUUGAUGAUUAUGGUAAUACCUAUCGUAUGAUUGAACAAGAUGACUUCGAUAUUCAUACAAGAUUGCACACCAUUGUGAGAGGGGAGGAUGAAGCAGCUAUGGUGGAGUCAGUGGGCCUUGCGUUAGUCAAGUUACCGGAUGUCCUGAACCGCCUGAAACCUGACAUAAUGAUAGUUCAUGGGGACAGAUUUGAUGCUUUGGCCCUGGCCACAUCUGCAGCCCUGAUGAAUAUUCGCAUUCUUCACAUUGAAGGUGGGGAAGUCAGUGGGACCAUCGAUGACUCUAUCAGGCAUGCUAUAACCAAACUGGCCCAUUACCACGUGUGCUGCACAAGGAGUGCAGAGCAGCAUUUGAUAGCCAUGUGCGAAGACCAUGACCGCAUCCUUUUAGCAGGCUGUCCCUCAUACGACAAGCUUCUCUCUGCCAAAAAUAAGGACUACAUGAGUAUUAUACGCAUGUGGCUAGGUGAAGAUGUCAAAACCAGAGAUUAUAUAGUUGCCUUGCAACAUCCUGUAACCACAGAUAUUAAACAUUCUAUAAAGAUGUUUGAGCUGACACUAGAUGCACUCAUCUCCUUCAACAAGAGAACACUUGUCCUAUUCCCUAACGUGGAUGCGGGAAGCAAAGAGAUGGUUCGAGUGAUGAGGAAGAAGGGCAUUGAACAUCAUCCCAAUUUUCGGGCAGUAAAGCAUGUCCCAUUUGACCAGUUCAUUCAGCUAGUUGCUCAUGCUGGUUGUAUGAUUGGUAAUAGUAGUUGUGGUGUCAGAGAGGUGGGAGCAUUUGGUACACCUGUUAUCAACUUGGGGACACGUCAGACAGGAAGAGAAACAGGUGAAAAUGUUCUUCAUGUUCGUGAUGCUGAUACACAGGAUAAGAUUCUGCAUGCUCUACAGCUACAGUUUGGUAAACAGUAUCCAUGCUCAAAAAUAUAUGGAGAUGGCAAUGCUGUUCCAAGGAUUUUGAAGUUCCUUAAAUCUAUCGACCUCAAAGAGCCAUUGCAAAAGAAAUUCUGUUUUCCUCCUGUCAAAGAUAAUAUCUCUCAAGAUAUUGACCAUAUUCUAGAGACACAGAGUGCUCUGGCUGUGGAUCUAGGCGGAACAAAUCUCCGAGUAGCAAUUGUCAGUAUGAAGGGUGAAAUAGUUAAGAAGUAUACACAACUCAACCCUAAAACUUACGAAGACAGACUAGAAUUAAUUCUAAAGAUGUGUGUAGAGGCUGCAUCAGAGGCGGUAAAUGUGAACUGCAGAAUUUUGGGAGUAGGUAUUUCCACAGGUGGACGGGUAAACCCCCGAGAAGGAAUUGUGCUUCACUCCACAAAACUCAUUCAGGAGUGGAGCUCUGUGGAUCUCAGAACUCCAAUAUCUGAUGCUCUGCACCUGCCAGUCUGGGUGGACAAUGAUGGAAACUGUGCUGCUCUAGCAGAGAGGAAAUUUGGUCAUGGAAAAGGAAUAGAAAAUUUUGUAACACUCAUUACUGGUACAGGAAUUGGAGGUGGAAUCAUUCAUCAACACGAAUUGAUCCAUGGCAGUUCCUUCUGUGCUGCUGAGCUUGGGCAUAUUGUUGUAUCUUUAGAUGGACCAGAGUGCCUGUGUGGUAGCCAAGGAUGUAUAGAAGCAUAUGCCUCUGGAAUAGCAUUACAGAGAGAAGCUAAGAAACUGCAUGAUGAGGAUCUGCUUCUAGUAGAAGGAAUGUCAAUGAAAAAGGAGGAGGUUGUUAGUGCUGCACAUCUCAUUCAAGCAGCUAAACUUGGGAACACAAAAGCAGACAGCAUUCUCAGAACAGCUGGGACAGCAUUAGGCCUUGGAGUUGUGAACAUUCUGCACACCAUGAACCCCUCUCUUGUGAUCCUUUCUGGAGUUCUAGCUAGCCACUAUGUUAAUGCUGUCAAAGAUGUCAUAAAUCGACAGGCUCUGUCCUCUGUUAAAACUGUGAAUGUCGUGGUCUCAAACCUAGCAGAUCCUGCUCUUCUUGGAGCUGCUAGCCUGGUACUGGAUUAUACUACACGUAGAAUAUACUAGGUGCCUGGCAGAAUUAUAAAAAUGGACUAUUCAAAUUCCUAAUGGGUGAAGGGAAUACUUUGCCCAAAAUUGUCUUUGAUGAGAGCAUCUACUGAAUCAGGGUAGUGUUCUGAAUAGUUAGUGACUACUUCAGCAUUUCCUAAUGGAGGUAUUAUCUUUUUGUACUUUUCCUAAAUUUCGUCUGACUUCGUAGGAACUAAUGUGCAAUUCUGUCAUUUUUAAUCACCUGUGUUGGUAAGCCCAUAUGUUGCUUUAAGUGUAGCUGAAUUAUUUAUAUCUUGAUGUAUGCUGGGGAAUAUGUGUAUAGUGUGUCAAAUUAUAGCUAACACUUGGCGAUCCGUAUCUCAUUUCCUACCCAUGUGAAAUGAGAAUGUGACCAGCUUUUCAGUUUCCAGGUUUCCACCCCCAAAGUAAAUAUGAUGUAAUUGCCAAUAGCAGGUAGUAAUUUCAGUGGGUGGAAAUGAGGGAAGUUGCCUCUACAGUUAAAAGGCUGCAUUGAGAAAUUGUGGUUCACGAAGGACUUGGUGGAGGCAGUUAUUUAUUAUCAUCAUCUUUAGAGGGCAGAGCCCCAUUUUAGAAGCUUUGCAUAUGAAGGAAAAAAAAGACCAUGGUCUAGUGAGCUUACAGCCUGCAGGGCAGUCCAAACAAACUGACAAGUGUAGCAGUGAGCAUCUUUGUCUUCUGGCUAUGGCCAACAGUAAAUUAUUUGAAUUUUAUUGUUUGGGAUUUUCUCAAGGUACUUAGUCUACUCCUUUGUCUGCCAAAUUAGCAGACAGAGGUAGCCAGUUAGCUGAAAUUCAGCUAUGAGGUGCAUCUGAUGAUAAAGACUCUGCCUUUCAAGAAAACUCUUCCAUGCAGAGUGACGUAGUGCAUCUCCUCAGCAGUGCUGGUGGCUGCAGCUAUACUGUUCUUGUCCUGCACUGACCAUCAGCUCGCAGGGUGGGAAGUCAAAUCUGAACCUUAUCCUCACCUUCAAGACAUUCAGAAGCCUGGGAGCAAAGUAUGUCAAAUAACCAAUGAAGGCUUGCCUAGGUAAAUGAUGAUUUAU